AUGGCACCUAACUUACCCCAAUCUACGCUUGACCUUAUCCAUGAUAUGAUCGUCGAUGGAAAGCUCUCUUUGUCCCAGAUGGCUGCAAAUGCCGGCUGCAGCAAGCCUACAAUCAUUGCUAUUCGCUCUAAUCUUCGCAUGUUCGGCAGUGUCAGAGCACCACCGGUCAAAAGUGGACGUCCACGUCGUCUUACAACGGCGAUGAUGGACGCUCUUUGUGACCACUUACUGGAAAAGCCUGGUCUAUAUCUUCCCGAAAUGCAGGUUUUUUUGCUAGACGAAUUCAGUCUGCAUGUCUCAACUUCUACUAUUAGCAAUGCGCUUCAUCGCAAAGGAUGGUCGAAAAAGAUAGCGCGACAAAAAGCAAAAGAGCGAAAUGCCGAUUUACGUGAUGAAUAUUUCCACGAUAUUGCGGAAUUCCGAUCGUAUCAGCUUAUAUUCGUUGACGAAUCCGGAUGUGAUAAACGGAUAGGCUUUCGGAGAACAGGCUGGUCGCCCCUGGGUAUAACCCCAGUCCAGGUAUCAAAAUUCCAUCGCGAUCAGCGAUACCAGAUACUUCCAGCGUACACCCAAGAUGGUAUUCUUCUUUCUCGUGUGUUCCAGGGCUCCACUGAUGGCUUGUGGUUUGAGGAUUUUAUUGAGGAACUUCUUCAGCAUUGCCAACCAUACCCGGCCGCUAAGUCAAUUAUCGUCAUGGAUAAUGCCUCUAUUCAUCGAUCUGGACGGAUACAGGAUAUGUGUUUGAAAGUGGGCGUCAAAUUGAUAUAUUUACCACCAUAUUCGCCAGAUUUGAAUCCAAUUGAAGAGUUCUUUGCCGAGCUAAAAGGAUUCAUCCGACAACAUUGGCAGACAUAUGAAGAUAAUCGCGACCAGGGUUUUGCUUCCUUUCUUGAAUGGUGUGUGGACAAGGUCGGUGCCAAAGAACAGAGUGCUAGAGGGCAUUUCAGGCACGCAGGUCUAACAAUAGAAGAGCCAUAG